AUGUUCAAGCAGUAUUCGCAUAUCCUCUCCCACAAGCGGCGUCGCAGCCGGGCCAGCACCGUCCAGGUCCUGUCCACCCCGUCCGAGCCUGCCUCGGACGUGCCCCCGGCCCCGGAGCCCGUCGAGGUAUGGACGCACUCGCAGCCCAUCGCCGACGACGAGCCCCAUCGCGAGGGAUGCUUCACCACCCUGUCGCCGCGCAUCCACAAGUACGACCAUGUCGCCCAGCGCGGCAGUGAUCGCUUCGUCGAGGACCUGCAGGCCACCCUCCAGACCUCCGAGCCCCCCGCCAGCUACCUCGCCUCACCCGUCGGCAACUACGCCAGCUUCCUGUAUCCCGAAUGCCUGCCCGAGCGCCUCGAGGUCGUCGCCUACCUGACCGAGCUGUGCGGGCUUCACGAUGGCAAACCCCCCACCGAGUCCGCCGACGUCCCCGUCGAGUCCCCCCGCACCGUCGCCCGCAAGGCCCUGCUCGACAAGGCCCUGGCCCAGCUGUCCGAGAAGGAGAUCGACGGCCACGAGAUCAUCGACUGCUACCGCAGCAACUGGCUCGUCACCCCCGAUGUGCCGACGGCCGAGAACUGCGCCAACCUGGACGACUACGUGGCCCGGAGACGGUUGAAUGCCGGCAUUGAUGUCUACUGGACCCUGAUGGGCUUCGCCCACGGCACCCGCCUGGGCAAAGAAGACCAGGCCGUCGUGCGCGACGCCCUGGACGCCGCCGAGCGCACCAUGUUCUUCACCAACGACUACUACAGCUGGCCCAAGGAGAAGCGCCUCGCCAAGAAGCGCCCCAUCGCCAACGUCAUCCUCUUCCUCAUGCAGCACCAGCACAUGUCCGAGGACGAUGCCACCGCCAAGACCAAGCAGCUCGUGCUCGACAACGAGGCCGAGUUCGUCCGCCGCCGCGACGCCCUCUACCAGGCGACCCCGGACCUGGCCCCCCAGCUGCGCAAGUGGAUGGAGGUGCUGGGUGCCGCUCUGGCCGGCAUCCACUACUGGUGCAAGAAUGCCCCGCGGUAUGCCGUGCCCGAGACGGCGGAGGAGAGCGAGGUCGAGGAGGUGGAGGUGGAGGUCGAGGGUGGGUCGUCCUCCUCCGCGGAGGGGGAUGAUGAUGAUGAUGACGAGGACGAGGAGGAGUCCUCGGACGACGAGACCUCCGCGGAUGACGCGGAGGAGGAGUCGCAGGAGGAUUCCGAGGCCGAGGACCGUGAACCUGUCGCGGAGAGGGCUGAGCCCGGGGAAGGGGCCGUGUGGACGCCCCUGGCCGGCGAGGACGAAAGCCCUGACAGCCAGCUGGACACAUCAGCCCUACUCGCCCCGACCAGCUACGCGCGCGCCAUCGCCGCCACGGCCCUGCAGACGGACCUCAUCGCCGCCCUGAACGUGUGGACGCAGGUGCCCAGCCGCCCGCUGGCCAGCAUCAAGCAGGUCAUCACCGCGGUGCAGGACGCGACGCACAUGCUGGAGGACCUGCAGGACCAGGCGUCCCUGCGCGAGGGCCGCACGCCCGCGCCCCUGGUCUACGGCCCGGCCCAGUGCCUCAACAGCGCCGCCUACACCUUCGUGCGCGUCGCCCGCAUCGUCUCCACCCUCAACUGCCCCGGCAUGCUCGACGGCCUGCUGCAGGACCUCGAGGCCCACUUCGUCGGCCAGUCCUGGGAGCUCAACUGGCGCUUCUCCACCCACUGCCCCGCCGAGGGCGAGUACCUGGCCAUGGUCGACCAGCGCUCCGGCGCGCUGUUCCGCAUGCUGAUGCGUCUCAUGCAGGCCGCCAGCAUGGGCGGCGGCUCGACCCUGGAUCUGGAGCCCCUGGCCAAGGCCCUGGGCCGCCUGUCGCAGAUCCGCCACGAGUAUCUGGGCCUGCUGGCCGACUCGUCGCGCCCCUUCGGCCAGGACCUCGACCACGGCCGCGUCACCUACCCCGUCGUGCGCGCCUGCAACCUCGACCCCGCCAGCAAGGUCGUCAUCUUCGGCAUCUUCCGCCAGAAGACCGAGGGCGCCGCCCUCCCCGUCGAGAGCAAGCGCCAGAUCGUCUCGCUCGUGCAUCAGACCGGGGCCCUGCAGGCCACCUAUGACCUGCUGCGUCAAUUGGGACGUCAGGUCACCCAUGCCCUCAGCGACCUCGAGACGGCCGCCGAGGAGCUGAACCCGGCCCUGCGUGCGGUCGUCAAGGCCCUGGCCGAUGUGCCGGCCCCGGGUCCCUGA